UUCAUUCCUCCCCAGUCCCAGUAUUCACAGUACAAAUUUCCACAAAACCCCGCGAAUUUUCGAACCCUCAAAACCAAACCUCUCUCCAUUUCCAGCCAUAUUUCCCCCCCUCUCCAGUGUCACACUUCACCUCCAAAACGCACCGUUUCGAUCCCAAAACCGCUUCGAAAACUUCCUCCUUCAACCUUCUCGAACAAUGAAGCUUCAAGCUAUGGGGAUUGUCCGUACAAAACCCUAGGAAAUUAGGUUUUCCAUCUGCCAUGGGGAAGAGGAGCGCUCUGGUAGUCUUGUCAUCGGACGACGAAGAGAUCGAUCGUUCACUGAGCUCCAAUCGUGGCCGUACAAGGUCGUCGUCGGCGUCGAGAUUGAUCUCUUCGGCUCCGGCGAAGAACCCCGGGCGAGCGAAGAAGGCUCGGGUUUCGGGCUCUCGCUCUAGCUUGGGCUCAGUGUCCACUAAUUGGGAUGAGGUCAGAUUGUCCUUUGGAGAUUUUGAUGAAGUGUUCAGUGGUGGUUCCAAGGUAGCUGCUGGUUCUGGAAGGAGCAAUGUGAAGGAGUUAUGGGUUGAGAAAUACAAACCCCAUUCGCUUGAGGAGCUUGCUGUUCACAAGAAAAAGGUCCAAGAAGUUAAGGGCUGGUUUGAAGAACGAUUGACAGAUUCAAAGGGUAAAUCUAGUAAUCACGCUCUUGUCAUCACUGGGCAAGCUGGAGUUGGAAAAUCUGCAACUAUUCAUGUGAUUGCAUCUCAGCUUGCUGCUACAUUGUGUGAAUGGAACACGCCAACUCCAAUAGUUUGGCAAGAACAUUUAUAUAACUCUAGUACAGGAGUACAAUACAUGUCAAAGUUGGAGGAAUUUGAAAAUUUUGUGGAGAGAGUACGGAAGUACGGUUUGAUUCCAUCAUCCCUUAGUGAGGGUUCAAAAUCAUCAAUCAUACUCUUAAUUGACGACCUUCCAGUGACAAAUGGUAAAGUUGCUUUUCAAAGACUUCAAAAAUGUUUGCGCCUUCUUGUGCAAUCAACUCGUACACCAACUGCUAUUUUGAUCACCGACCAUGGUAAAGCUGAUUCAGAAGAUCACACUGCUGGAUACUUGGAUGAACUUCAGUUGUCUCUUCAAAGUGCCGGGGCUUGUAAGGUCUCCUUCAAUCCUAUAACAUCUAAUUCCAUCAAAAAAGUACUGUCUAGAAUAUGUAAAGAAGAGCAGUGUAAUGUGACUGCUGAACAGGUUGAUCUAAUUGCAAAAGCAAGUGGAGGUGACAUAAGAAAUGCAAUUACAUCUUUACAGUUCUUCUUUCUGAAACCAACUCCGAUGCAUUCGCUUCCUUCAUCGAUUACUCCUCCCAGGUAUGCUAAAGGGAAACAAGCACCAUGGUCUGCUAAAGGGAAAUCAGAUAUGGUAAAUGCUUUGGACAAUAGUGGUUCCUUACAAUUUGGAAGAGAUGAUACACUUUCUCUAUUCCAUGCCCUUGGGAAGUUUCUGCAUAACAAAAGAGAGACUGAAGAUAGCAUGGAAUUGGAUGGAGCUGCAUUUCAUGUGCGAGAAGGUUUGUCUAGACUACCACUGAAAAUGGAUGCUCCGGAAAAGAUUCUCUGUCAAGCACACGGACAAGCCAGGCCUAUUGCUGAUUUUCUACAUGAAAAUGUUCUAGAUUUCGUGAGUGAGGAGGCAAUGGAUGAUGCCUGGUCGGUUGCUUCAUAUUUAAGUGAUGCUGAUUUGCUUCUUACUACUUUCUGCGGAAUGCUAAGUAGACAGUAUGAGGCCGAGAAUGUUCUACAGUCAGCCGGUGCUUCAGUUGCUGUUCGUGGUGUGCUAUUUGGAAAUUUUCAUCCAUUGCCGUCCAGGUGGCAUGCUGUUCGGCGGCCCAAUCUCUGGCAGGUUGAGAAGUCAUCAUUUUACAACAAGAAGGAGAUGGUAAAUCGGAGAUUCGGUGCUUAUAGUGGUACUUGUUCAUCUGAUUUGACUGUUAUAGCUACUGAGUACUCGCCCGUGUAUAAAUGGCUUGGAUUUAGGGCACAGGGAGGUCUUGAAGACAAUGUUGAAAGGAUGAGUUUGGGUGACCAAGAAAGUGAAAUUGAUGACGAUAUAGAAGAAUGGUAAGGAAUAGUAGUUAGAGCUUAGGAAGCAAUCUCAGCUAAGAUUCGCUUGGCUUUGUAAAGUACUUGCUGCAACGAAAGAGAAAUUACCGAUUUUGCGAGCAAUGCUAGAAUAUAGAUCUGGCAGUCUCAGUUCUUUGUACAGUCACCGGUUGAAGUUUUAUUAAAGCCGGAGAUGAGCUCCAUUUAGGAGUUGCUGUAUGAAAUCAUUCUUUUGAGUCUUUUCAUUUGUGAUGAGAAAAUGAAACUAAUUGAAAAAUAAUAAUAAUGGGCUUUUCCGAAGAAAAAAUAUCAAACUUUUACAGAAGAGGAAAAAAAAAAAAGAUUAAAAAAAAGAAGGAAAUGACUCUUUUGUCCCGAACAUCCGAAAGAAAACACUAGAAGAGAGAGCCGUGUUUGGAAGCACGAUAUUCUUCACCAGAAAAACGUAGUUCUUAAACUCGGAGGAGAAAAUCGGCGAUUCCUCCGUCUAGUUUCUCGGCCUCAUCGUCUUCAUCAUUGGGCAUUUGGGUUUCUAAACUCAUUGGCUACAACAGCAGUUCAAUCCUCAACGGAGAGUUGGGCUUUUUUUCAAAGGUAUACAUAUACUUCUCUCUGCAUCUACUGGUCUCAUUUUGAAAUUAGAUGGCAAGCCAUGUUACUCGGUCGAGGGUGCAGCCACAGCUUCAGGAGCAUCAAUCAAGGGCUAGGUGGACUACACAUCUUACUAAGAUUCUUGCAAGCUUAAUGGUUGAUCAGGUACACCAAGGGAAUAGAAAAAACAAUUACUUUGGCAAGAAAGCAUGGAAGUAUAUCUGCGAUGAAUUCUAUAAGAGAACGGGUCUGAAAUGGGACAAGGAACAACUGAAGAACCGAUGUGCAGUUAUGAAGAGGAUGUAUAUUAUAAUCAAGUCACUUCUUGAUCGUAGUGAUUUCAGUUGGGAUGAAGCCACAGGGACCAUCACAGCUAGUGAUGAAGUAUGGGCUGAAUACACGAAGGAACAUCCUGAUGCAGAGACUUUAAGAAGCAGUGGCUGCCCAAUUUACAAAGAGCUAUGCAUAAUAUUUUCAGAACCAGCAACCAAUGGGAAUCAUGAUCAUCCAGCUGAACACGAGGAAGGGACUCCAAAUUUUCAUCAAUUGGAGCCAUUGUCCAUCCCGCAAGAAGUACCGUCCUCAUCGGAAUCUGAGGAAGCAGAUGAUGGUGUAGAUGAUAAAGAAACAGUUCAACCUAUUACUCCCAGCACUACUGGCAUCCGCAAAAGAGGGCGCAAAGGCAUUGAUGAUGCCAUUGCAGGAGCUAUUUUAGAGAUGGCAGCUGCAUCAAAGCUGAGAACGGCUGCUAUACAGCAACGUGAUGCCAGAUAUACCAUAGCUAAUUGUAUUAAAGCACUGGAUGAGAUGAAAGGCGUUGAUGAGCAACUCUAUUUUGCUGCUCUUGAUCUGUUCAACAAGCCCACUGCAAGGGAGAUGUUCUUGUCUCUCAAACACGACAAGCGCUUGAUUUGGUUGCAGGGCAAGUGCAGAGCAGCUGGUCCUGUUCCCUAGAUUAUUGAUCGAUAAAGUCAUCAUACUCGAUGUAGUGUUUUUCAUCUAAACCUAUGUCAUGUGAGUAUUAUUACUCAUAUAUAUCAGAAGUAUCCUGGUUUUACUUUUACCUCAUCUGGUCAAAUUGCUCAUACAUAAUUCUGGAAAUCAAACAGUGCUCCCAACCAGUUAAAUUUGGACUCAAACCCAUACCACAUUGA